AGAACCACCAUAAUACACCUUGGAUUAGUACGCCGAAGAUCUCAUAGUAAUCUUGGCAAGCAUAAGAUGUUGUUAUCAAGCAUCCGAACUUUCCACACUGCCAUGGAAGCACAUAGAAUUGCACGACAGCUCGGCACAACCGCCCAGCAGCGCUGGCAUGCUCCUGCACGACCGUCGCCAGCAGCGGUAGCGUUGCCCGCCAGGCGCCAGCUAUCUGCGCGCUCCAGCAAGGGAGGUCGACCUGACCCCGAGACGGACAAAUCCUGGGGCGAAAUUAUUGGAGACGCGGCAGGCGUGGCCAAGUCCGUCCUCAACAAGAUCAAGGACACCGCCGCAAGCAUCCUGCCCGUGCCAAAGGGCCCCACCGAGAAGCCCACGCCCACCCCUAAGCCCGAGGUGCCGUUUGGGCCACCAGGAGGCGGCCUGCUUCCCAACCUGAUCGGCCGAGCGGUAGGCGGGUUGCUCUCCAGCGCCCUCUCCUCGCUGUCUGCGCAGCUGGAGGAGGCAGCCCGGGAGCAGGCGGGAGCAUACCAGGAGGCGGUGGCACGUAUCCAGGGAAGCGCUAAGCUGCGUGCAAGGCUGGGCUCCGUCACCGUGGGUCCCGUCAUGUCGCAGUCCAGCUCCAGCAGCUCCAUCAACGGAGUGGUGACCAAGCAGGUGGCGCUCAUGCUGCCGGUGUACGGCAGUCUGGGGGCCUCGGGUACGGCACAGGUGACGGUGGUGGAGGGGGCGCAGCAGCCGGGCGGGCGCUCCAUGCAAAUCAUGGUGCGCACCUUGGAUGGCGGGAUCAUAACAGUGGACGAUGGCCCGGGUGCGGGCGGCAGCGGCGGACGCAGCAAUGUAAUAGACGUUGAGUUCCGAGAGGUGAAGAAGUAGCCGGAGGGCUGGGUUGGGGGUGGGGGCGUGUGUAGGGGAGAGGUGGCGUAUAGCGCUAAGCUUUGUUGCAGCUUGCUUUGCCAUUGGUCAUUGGAACGUGGAGGGGGUUGUAAUUAUAGCGUCGGGGAGGCAUGCAACAUGUAUUUUGUUAUUGGAUACGCAGGGUGUAGAAGUUGCAUGGGGGCAUGUUGAUUGGUUGUAGCAAGGCAUGCUGGGGCAGAGCAGGUGUGUGUCGUGCGGAGCAAACUGACGUAGGAAGACGAGGUUUCUAGAAGGUAAAGGCCAAGCACUUAGAUAGGAACAUGCGGGGCUUGUGGUUGGAGCAUGGCGCUGAGAAACAUGCACGUCCAAUACGUCCUUCCAUCUGUUCAGGACCAGCACAUUUGCGCAGUUGUGGGUUGUCUCACGAGCAGUUGAAGAGUUGAGGCACAGCAUGUUGCCUAGUUCCUGAUGGCAGCGGCCAAGCAUGCCGUACGCCACGUGCCUUUGUACGGCACCUAAGCUCAUUAUAAUCCCACGGGUAAGAACAUCGCCACCAUUCAUUUUGACCGUUGCGUGUGGACGUCUCGUGUGCAUGGAUGUUGUACGUGAGUGUAUGGACAAUGCCCACAAAACCCUUGCAAAUAGUUCUUUGCCGUGUUGCCGUACGCCGACGGGCUGCAUCGGCAUUACCAUUACCAGCUACCGUCGCUACCAUUGACAUGGCACCACGUGUUCCACGUUUGGAACCAGCACGACGUGUAAUGUACCUGGGUGCGCGGACGCACCAACAGUAUGACGGGUUGUAACCGUCUUCUAUUC